AAUGAUAAGGUUGAAGAAUAUUAUUGGAUCUGCUAUUCAUAUUUAAACAUCCUUAUUUAGAUUUUCUACCCAAACUCCACAACCACCCCCACCACCUUCUGAUUAAUCAUAAAAAAAGGUGUUAUUCUCUGGGAAGAGUGCUGAUAAACCAAAAAAAUAACAUUAAAAAUCAGAAUAGAAACACUAAUAAUAACAAAAGAAAGAGUCAAAUGAAAAUUAAUAACAUGAAUAAAGUCCUCCAUAAAAGAAAUAAGAAAGACAUUUUGAUAGAUAAUAAUAAUUCCAUAAAUAAAAAGUUGAUGAACCUAGAUCUUAUAAAUAAGAUAGAGAUCGUAGAUCACCUGAUCAAUAAUCAUAAUAAUAAGAAUCACCAAAAAGGACAGGAAUAUUAUUUGGAAAUAAAAGCAGAGAUUAUAAAUAGAUAGGAGCAAAAUAUUUAAGUAAAAGAAGUUUUAAUUAAAUUCUGAAGAAAAAGUAAGAGACUGAAAAACUAAAUGAAAAAAUAUUUAUAGAUUAAUUGAAUGAAGCUUAAAAUAUACAAAACAUCCAUGAAAGAAAUUCAAGAUUAAUUGAUGUCUAUGCAAGUCAAAGUAAAUGGGAUAAAGUUAAAGAUAUAUUUAAAUCAGAAAAGUAAUUUAAUUCUGGUGUCUAUUCAGCAUAUAUAAAUUAAAUAGCUUCUAAUUAUGUUGACCUAUCAGAAUAUGAGUAACUUAAAGUUAUUAUAAAUAAAGUUGGUGAUAAAGUACAUACACUCAAACCAGAAGUAUUUCAAUCUAUUUACUUUAUGAUUUUUAAUCUUGAUUUAUUUCCAAAUGAAAAAGUAUAUAUUAUUAUUAAUUAUAGGCUAAAGAAUUGGAAUAUCUAAUAGAUAUUGUUACAACUCAUCAUUUAACUCCAUAAUUUGAUUUAACAUACUUCUAAACACUUUUUGAAGAAUAAUCAUUAGAGAGUGAAAAAACAAGUCAUUUAAUGGUUAUUAAAGUUUUUAAUCAAUAUUUUGAAAGACAUGCAUAAUAGAAUAAGGGUAAAUCAACUAUCGAUUUACCAAAUUUAAAUAUAGCAUUUUCAGUAGCAGUCAAAUCAACAAUAUUUUAUAAUACUAAUGAUGCUUAAAAUUUCUUAAAUAAUUUAAAAGCAUUUCAAUAAUUAGCUGAAAAUAAUGUUAAAUUAGAUGACUUAGUUAGAUAUGCAUAAUAGUAUUAUUUAAUAUUAAUUAUAGUAUUUCUUUAAAAGAGAACUCAUUUACAUAAUUAAUAGAUUUAUUUAAAGGAAUCAGGAACCCUAAUUUUAUAUUCUUAUUUGAAGAAGCAUUAAAGAAAUUAGAUACAAAUGGUAUGGAAGUAAAGGCCAUAGAUAAAUAAUAAUUGGAAAAAUUAUAUUUUGAAAAAUCAGAAAAUUUACCUGUAAGACAAGCUGAACUUUUUGGUUUAUUUGCUGAUCGUUUCCAAUAUCCUGAAUUGACAGUAGAGAUCUUUUAGAAUCAUAAAUAAAAUAAGUAAAAUGAAUAUUCAAGUUUCUUGUAUCAAAAAGCAAUAGGAGUAUUAAUAGAUUAAUCAGGAGGAAAACAUUUAAGUAAUUCUGUGGUAAAAUAUUUAAUUAAUAUUUAAGAUGACACUCUUAUAAGAGGCAAAUAGUUUUAAAGUUCCUUUAUCCAAAGUUAAUUAUUAAAUCAAUCAAAUUAAAGCUCAUAUAAAGGAAGGGCAAUAUUAAUUAGCCUAUAAUCUAUUUACAUAAAAUGUUAUAGAUGAUAUAAUUUUGGCAUUUUAAAAGUAAUAAUAUAUAUGAUAUCUCAUUUUAGAGAGAAAAUUAGAAGAUUUUUGUAUAAAUAUGUUCAAAAAAUUCAUAUUGGUACAAAAUUCAGAUUAAGAUCUAAUAUGAAAACAUAUUAAAAAAAAAUUAAACAUAUAGAUGAGUUUGUAAAAUAUCUUUCAGAUAAACAAUUAUUUGAUUUUUAUAAGGAAGAUAGAUCAGAUAAUUUCUUAUUGGAAUCCUUAAUUCAAUAAGAAGAUAUAUUUGAAUUUAAUAAAUAGAUUACAUAUAGAGAGGCCUUCAAUUAAAUUAAGACAGAAGUAGCACAUGGUACAUUUGACUAUAAAAAAUUGUAUUUAUUAUUUUUAAAUUAAUUAGAAUACAACCAGUCACAGAGAGUGAAUAAAUUCUAAGAGAAGUAUUUGAUAAUUAUGAAUAUCAUGUUAAAAUUGAAAAGAAAUUAUUAUUUGAUGAGAGAAAGAGAAAGAGAAUUUAGGAAGUGAUAAAUUAAUUAAGAUAACGAGCUGGUUAAAGAAAAACAUAUGAAUAAACACUUGCAGAAAUAGAGGGACUUUUUAAAAAGAGUACUAUUGAAAAUGGAUUAAUGAGAAAUGAUUUGAUUGAAUUUCCAGAAGUUGAAUAGAUUUAGUAAAUGUAAUUAAGUAAUGAAUUUUAAUUAAUUAAAAAAUAGAAAUGAAGAAAGAAUUAAAACAAUUAGGUUUACCUGUUGAAAAAUAUAAAGCAAAUGUAAUAACAUUUUAACCUUUAUAAAUAAAUUCUUAAAAAGAAUAAGAAGUUAUUGAAUAAAUUCCUAAUGAAGUACUUAAAAAGGAUGGUGAUAAUUCAAAAUAAAAAGGAAAAUCUUAAAAAUCUGCCUUUAAAUCAGUUGAUAAAUUAAUUGAUGAAUAUAUAGCCAAAGCUAGAGAUGAUUAAAAGAAUUUAAGAAAUAUUGAAAAAUGGAGAAGAUAUCUUAAAAUUAUGUAUUCAGGUAUAUAAUUUAAACAUAAAAUGUAAACUGAUAAGAAUUUCUUUAAAAAAAUGAUUCGUUAAAAAUAUCAAUAUGGUUCAUAAGAUAUUGGUAUGAAAGAAUUAAUUAAUCUCAAAUUAAAGAAAAAAAUGCUUAAUCGUAAAAGAAGAUGGUUUACUAGAAAUAGAUUAAGAGAAAAACCACCAAAAAUAUCUGUAUUUAUUAAUGGUAGAGUUUCAUUAAGUGAUUUCCAAUUUAUGAAAUACAUUUAUUAUAAUGCUUAUACUUAAUAUGAUGAAUAUAUUAAUGUACCUCCAAGCAAUUAUCAAAAUGAAAUUUGGGAUUUAUUAGCAUGGGGUAUAUAAAAUAAAGAACCUAUGGGUAUUUAAUUAAAUUAAUUAAUUUAGCUGUGAAAUUAGCAGAAUUAUAUAGUCAUACUUGUGGUGCUAAAAUGCCUGAAUAUCUAACAAAAUUGAUAGCAAACUUUUAUAAAUGUGAAAUAGGAGAAACAAGUAUUAUAUAAAUUUAUAAUAUUAUAGAUUCUGAGAUUAGAUAGAGAUGGAUUUAAUCAUUAGAAAUUGUUAAUGAUAUUAGUACUAAUAAAGUAUAUUCACAUACAAAUGAUUAAGCAUUUGUAUCCCAAUAAGAUAUUGAAUUCUUACAUGCAUUAGAAUGUAAAUAAGAAUAUAAGGGAAUAUGCAGAGCAUUAUUAAAUACAACUCAUUCCUAUCGUAAAUAUGUUAGAUAUGGUGUAUCAUAAAAAGAAUUAUUGGUGUGAU